AUGAGAAGUCUGAUCGUCACACAAGAUGCCAGUAUCAUUAUCGGUCGGGGGGGAUCACAUGUCAAUGAGAUCAGAGAGAAAUCUGGUGCCCGAGUGACUGUGUCGGAAUCCAUCCCCGGAAAUCCUGAACGAAUUCUCAACGUAUCAGGUGCCUUGGACGCCGUAGCCAAGGCAUUUGGUCUCAUCGUUCGACGUAUCAACGAUGAACCAUUCGACGUCGCAUCUGUUCCCGGCUCUCGAGCCGUCACCAUCAAAUUCAUCAUUCCGAAUUCUCGCAUGGGCAGCGUCAUCGGCAAAGGUGGCUCCAAGAUCAAGGAGAUCCAGGAGGCCAGCGGCGCGCGAUUAAAUGCUAGCGAGGCCAUGCUCCCUGGAUCCACUGAGGCGAUCCUUUCCGUCUCUGGCGUUGCCGAUGCAGUCCACAUCGCCGUCUAUUACAUUGGAACCAUCCUUCUCGAAUACCAGGAGCGGAAUCCGGGUACCACUACUGGAUCUUAUCGUCAACCUGGAUCAAGAGGCGGACCCUCCAUGCAGCCUUCAGCUGCUCCAUCAUAUGGUGGAGCCACUGCUCCUGGUGCACAAACUCAACAAAUCUUCAUCCCCAACGCUCUCGUCGGCGCAAUCAUCGGUAAAGGCGGUGCCAAAAUCAACGAGAUUCGAUCCCAAUCCCAAUGCCAAAUCAGAGUCACUGAGCCUGGUACCCCUGCCAACCCCGGCCAAACCCCCAAUCCCGAAGAAAGACUGGUGACGAUCACCGGUCAACCCAACAAUAUCAACAUUGCCGUCCAGCUACUGUUCGCUCGUCUGGAAACUGAGAAGGCAAAAUUGCAACAAACCGGUCCCAUGUAG